AUGAUGGAAGUCAGGCACAGAAAGGGGUAUGCCGCAACGAUUCGGGAGGACAGCAUACCGGCUUAUUUGAUGAUUGUGCUGGGCACCUCAGCGCCCAGCUUUUGUCGCCACCAGGCCCUAUACACGAACUUCAUGUCCACCGAGGGUCGCAGGAACCCUAUUCUUAUUGCGCUGGAAAAGGGCAGAAAAUGGAGAAAUAAAGCUCUGAAGAAAUCCAAGAGAAGCAACCAGCCUGAAUCGGUGCCUGCGUCAAGAGGCGAGGACACAGGGCCCCCCACGCCGUCUCCGGACUCUCUGAUUGCCAAUCAGAUACAAGAUUUAAGACAAAAAUUGGAUGACCUGGAGGUCCAGCAAGGGGGCACUAAGAGGAGUGCUGACGAGGCUUACAGCAAAGAGAUGGACAUCGCUGGGAAGGUGGCAAUGCAGUUUUCGGAAUUUGACAGCGUCUUCCAGAGAGAGAAGUCCAGAGAUGAGCUAGGAGCACCGAGCAAACUACUGUCAAUGAUAAGCGACUCCCGUCUACUCAUGCAAAUGCACGCAAACAGAGCCAAUGCGCGGUGGGUGGAAGAAGAAGCCUGGGUUGCGCCCCACGUAUACGACCCCAAAAUCGUGUUUGGUGGAAGGUCAGAUAUAUUGGCGUACAGGCAGAUUGCCAAGGAACUCCUGGAGCAGGGCAAGGUUGCGCUGCAGCUUAUAGAUGCAGGGCAAGAAAUUCCUGUGAAGCUGACGUCAGGGGAGAUCGGGACUCAGUCGAUCCUUGUUACGGACAUAUGGAAGCCGGUCCAAGAUUUCUAUCCCUGGAAGGUUCCGCUUGGCGACAGAUUGGAAGGUCUGCCGGUCAUCAGCCGCAGAUUGCUGCAGUGCAUUGUGGACAUCGAAAAAUUGGUGGGGUCUGCUGCGGUGAAGAGGUUGAAGGUCGUUCUCUGCGUGGAUGAGGAGCUUGAACCACAAAUAUGUCAAAUGCUCUUGAAGCACAAGUUCUAUGACUUGGCUCCUGAAAACUUGGUCGUCAUCAAGAUACCCAGGUUUCCCGGAGUUCUACAUGAUUUGAAAGAUAACGAGAUGAAGCCGGUUGCCGACAGCCAUCGCUUGCCGGCCGGGACCGGAUGGGGUGUCCUGGCCCUGAGAUGGCCAGGAGUUGGAUUUUCAGUGAACUCGGAAAGCGGACAAUACGAACUACUGGAUGGUACCGUGCUGGAGUGGCUGAUAGGAUCCGACGUGGAGUGGAUCAGCACGCAGAUGAUGUUCGACUGGGAGAUGCUGAAGCCCGACGCCACAGUGAACCUGGAUUUCUGGGCCACCACGCUGUACUGCUGCGACGAAAAGGGAUCCAACAUGGCGAUGGAGGUCUUGCAGUCGGAGACCUCCACCCUCGCCCGCUCUCACAUGAGCUUAGUCAUGGGUCGCCAAAGCAACCCGCGGGACACGUGCAACUUGAAGAUUACGGACCUUCAGACACCCAGGACACGAGCGUUAGUCAUGGAUGCGGAAGAACGCCGAGAUGUCGUGUGUUGUGCACACAGAUACAUGGUCAAGGCAAAAACCCUCCAGGAAACUGUGUGGGGCGCCGCAACUUUCCGUCCCGACAUCGAGGUCCAUGGGCAGUACGCCUAUCUCACGUUCAGCCUGGCGGAUCUGUCAUCAGCCAAGGGCGCCACGUGCGCCUCCAUUCUCACCAACACCCGCGGUCCCUGUCUGAAGACCAGGGUGUACGAGAGGGCCUGGUUUCAGGACGCCGUGCCCCGGCUGGCUUACCAAGACGGCCAAUCCGCGUUUCAGUUGGCUGCCAUGACGUGCAGCAGCUCAGCCGCACCUGUGAUCGUCAAGUCGAAGAUGGGCGCCGCCAGGAGAGGGACCACGGUAGUAUUGUUCGUGGUGGACAACCUGGUGAGCAAGAUGGCUUUCCGCACCGCCAGGCUCCUUCUGCGCCAUGAAGUAGACCAGCUGCAUGUUGUGACUUCUGUUGUCAGCGACGAGUCGAUCGGAAAGGCAAAGAGCAUGCUCGAGGGGUAUCGGGAUGUGGUCAAGAGCGGACAGAUCAUCCAUAAGAUAUUGACACGAGGUUCAGGCAAGGUGAUUGACUUGAUGGAGCAAUACACGAGGAGCGUGGAGGCGGACAUUGUGGUGGCGGGGUCGGAGCAACUCGCAAAGGACGUGACGGAAGUCAUGGGCUCGUUCUGCAUCACUGUCGUGAAGACGCUCACGUUCCUCCCCGUCCUUGUGGUGAAGGUCAACUCUGUGGGGGACAGCCACAGGAUGCCACAGGACGGCGCAGCGCGACCGCCGCAAGGAAUCAGGUGCAUGUUCGAGGUUCGACCCACGUGCAGGGCAAUGAUAGACUGGACGCUCAACAGGCUGGAUGCGAGCGUGGACAAGAUAUUCCUCGCCAAGCCUCGAGCCAUUGACAAUACGGAGCAAGAGACUCCAACCGCGCAAAGGAUGCUCAGCACGUUUGCUGAGCUGGCGGUGGCAAAUAAUUUCACUGCUGUCAAGAGGCCACUGAAGGGAGAUGCUAGUGAAUCUCUCAAACAGGCUGUGGCAAAGGAAAAGAUCGACAUCCUGGCAAUUCAAGCACCGGCCGCCAAAUCGACACCGCCACAGGUUAUCGAGAUCCUGCGUUCUUCCAAAACCAGCAUCUUGGUAUUCCGCUCGAGGGAUGACUCAUCUUGA